AUGUCCCGUAACCGACCCCUCGCUAAACUUCUUUCUUAUCGCAACAAUCUCAUGCUGGUGAAGCGAUGUGGUCACGUAGUUCAGUUUUGUGGUAAUUCAAGCCUCUCAGGUCACAGUGUGCACGAAUUUCCGAAACACACAGCUGUUAGACGUCAGUGGAUCCGUUUUGUACAGACCAAAAGAGCGAACUUUCAUCCGCCGCACGAGAAAUCACAAGCUGUGAUAUGUGGUAGCCAUUUGACACCAGACAGUUUUGAAGGAGCUUUGAUGGUGGAAUUAGGCUACAAGACCAAAAAAACGCUUAAGUUAGAUGCUGUACCCACCAUAAACCCUGAAAAACCGGCCGAAACUCCAAAAGCAUCAGGCGCAAAGAGAUCCAGAUCUGCUGCAUGUUCUGGCAACGACUGCCAGCAAUGUUGA